AUCAUUCUCUUUAUAAACCAUCAAAUAAUGCUUAGAUUUCUUUGCUUAUAGUUCUCUUGUGAGAGAGAGAGAGUGUGAUAAAGAUAGAAUGGUUUCAAGGAUUCACAAGAGAACAGCCAUGUACAGGAACCUACAGCUGCUUCGUUCAAUCAGAUACUCUCACUCGCCACCUAAAGCUUCAGUGUUACUGGAUGUGUCAAAUUGCAUACAAGGUUUAAAGCAAAAGCUGCAAGAAUUGAACGAAUUAACAGUUGCAACGGCACGACAAAUCGCUGAAUAUGAUCCAAUGCCUAAGCUUGAAGUUGAAAUUCAAGAAGAGGGUUUUGUGAUUAAGGUGCUCAGUCAAAGGAGUUGCCAGGGGUUGCUGGUGUUUAUAUUGGAAGCCUUUGAAGAGUUGGGUCUUGAUGUGGUCCAGGCUAGGGUUUCUUGUGCAGACAGCUUCAGUUUAGAAGCUUUAGGAAACAAAAACAAUGAAGAUAGUCGUGCUUUGGAUGCACAACUAGUUGAAGAAGUAGUGUCUAAAGCUAUUCAAAACUGGAGAGAAGUUGCACAGAUAUAAUGAUCCAGCUCUUAUAUGUAUUUUCAUCAUGAUCAGAAAAACUAUGCUUACUUGAAUUUCCUUCUUGUAAUAGUGUCUAUUAGGUUCACAAGUUGGCCUUUCUGACGAAUAUUUUUAAUGUUAUUAGAUAAUAAUGCUUAACUUUCUCCAGAUAAAUAGAACCUUGAUCCUCUUUUUGGCGUUC